GUAUGGACAUUUUUUGCAGCAGUAUUGAGUCAAACAAGUCAAGAAAGUUGUGGGUUUAAUCAAAAUCUGUUAUAUUGGCAAAGAGACUUGGUGAUGGAAGGAAUGAAAAGCAUUAGUUCUCAUUUCGCUGUGACAGUUGGCUGCAAAUUCUGUAAUCUGGAGUGAAGGACAAAAUGCUGGAGGAACUCAGUGGGCCAGGCAGCAUCUGUGGAAAAGAGUAUAGUUGGCGUUUGAGACCGAGACCCCUUCGGCAGGACUGGAGAAAAACAAAGGUCAUCAUCAUUGCAGUGAAACGGGCCUCUGCUACUUUCUCUCUCAUUGGAUGCCUCUUUAUGCUUCUUGUGAUAUGGUUAUUUCGGAAGUACAACUCUCUGGCACAGAAAAUGAUCCUGAGUCUGACUUUGGCUGCAUUGUUUGACAGUAUUGCCUAUCUAAUGGGAGAAGUUAUCCCAGAUGGUGCCCUGUGCAACUUCCAGGCCUGGUGGCUUACAUAUUUUGACUGGUGUUCCCUGGCGUGGGUUUGUUGCAUUACCGUCAACCUAUAUUUCAACUUGGUGAAAGAAACCAGAACAGAUCAUCUCGCAGUGGUGUAUUAUGUUGCUGCCUGGGGUGUGCCAUUUUUUCUGUCCUGUCUUCCACUCUUUGGUGAUUAUUAUGGCCCUGCUGGAGCAUGGUGCUGGAUUACAGAUGAACAUGUUAUCUGGAGAUUUGGCAUAUGGUACAUCCCAUUGUUUGUCCUCAUCUUUUUGAUGAUGUCCUGCUACAUUCACAUAUUUUAUAUAGCCAAACAGAGGGUUUUAAUUUGGUCUGGCCCAUAUGAUCCUGAAAGGGAAAGAAGCAAGAUCUUAUUAGCUCUGGAAAUCAAGCCACUUAAGUGGUACCCAUCUGUAUACCUGGCAGUAUCCCUUUUCCCUCUUAUUAACAGGUUGCACAAUGCAUUUGAUCCUAACCAUCCCGUUUUUGUCCUGACACUCCUCCACGUUAUAACUGCUCCACUUCAUGGACUGGCCAAUGCAAUUGUGUUUGGGUUUGACAGAGAGACAUGGGGCCAGCUGAAUUUAACAUCUUUGCAGCUUGCUUUUCAGUCCAGAUUUUCUGAUACAACAUUGAUUAUGGAGUACCAGCCCGGGCCAGUGCGUUACAAGCCCCAUUUGGAAAGUGAUUCCUCAGACUCAUGUGACGAUGGCACAGGAGCAAUUUAUUCAUCCACCAUGACGUCUAGGGACAGGAGGCCCUGACAACAGAAACUCCCUUGAACUGAAUAUGUGCACUGUUGGACUCCUAGACAAAGGAAGAACCCCUCUGUGACAGUAGAGAUGAGCUGUCAACCUUCAUUAUUAAUUCUAGGCUCUUAAUAUUUAAUGUCAUAAAACUGGAACAGAAGCUUCAGAUUUACAGAAGAGGCAUCAUACUAAACACAAACACAUCGGUUAAAGAGAUUGUUCCUUUCAGCUGCCUCUUUUUUCUGUGCUUCAGACCAAAAAACUCAGAUAAUCCUGUAUAAAAAUGAAGAAAAAUAUUUGGAGUAAAUGUAUGUGAUAACCUAAGUGUAAGCAUUUAUAUAUUUUUCUGAAGACACUCUGUUUUAAAUGUUUUUUUAAAAAACAUAAAUUAAGUAUGAACCCUUUUCAUACAUAACAUCAAUUUAGUAGGUUAAGCAAUCUGGUUCAGAUCGUGGAGCAAAUUAUGUUGUGAAACUAUUGUGUCUGUCCUUAUAUAGCACUCUCUGCAGGGAAAACAGGCUGUUUGUGGGGGUGGGGAAGGGAGAGAGGAAAGCAGAAGAAAGUUGAAAGAAUAAUUGCAGAACCCUUAACAGAAAACAGUGACAAGAGGUGGAAGGCCAGAACUAUUACUUCAUUUCUCAAAAAUGUUUAUAGUUUUAUUUUAACAUGUGUUACUUAUGGUGCCAGAAUACUGAAGAGAACUCUUCAGAGAUGAAAAAAAAAUUACAGAUAUCUAAAUGUUCAGGACAACAAGACUAUAACUUAUUUGCUCAUUUUAAUUUAGUAAUGUUGGCAUGUGUCAAUUCUUGAUGUUUUAUUUUAUUCAUAUAAAAUUAUUGAACAUGCUA